AACUGAUCUACUUUUGUAGUAGAAGUAGAUAAGAAGUAGAAGUAGAUAAGCCGUAAUAGUUACGGCUUUGUUGCUGAUUCCUAAAAAUGUACCUUUUUUUUCCCAUUUAAAUUCACUUGGGAGCUUUGUGGAGGUAUUUUUUUCCAGCUGUGAAUGGUUAUAUAUCCUCUUGCUGGAGGAAUAUUUUAAAAGAUGAAAAAAUAAGUGAUUGUCUUGUUAAGAAAGUCUGACUACAGCUUUAACAAGUAACUGUAACUAACCAGUCUUUGAAAGGUGAUUUAUACUUGAGCAAGACUAGAGAUGGAAUAUUUGAGGAGGCAGAAGAAGGUUAUUCAUUAUGUGGUCUGUUUCUCUUGUAAUAAAGAACAGUCUUAUUGACAAAAAUACAGCUUGAGGGUAAAGGAAAAGAUUGCUAUGUCGGAGCAAGGUUCAAUCUUGAUUAUUUGUCUGCCUCAGCUACACUAAUUGCCAGUCUAACAGCAUGGUUUCCUCCUUGGGAUGAACAUGCAUGGAGUUGUUUGCGGAUUCAGAUAUUGCAGAAGCAUCCAGGCUUUAGCAGCCGCUUUCUGCCCUGUAAAAUGUAAGGUUUAUAUUAAUGAAACUUGGAGGAAAGGACCAUCAUGUCUCUGUAUAUAUAUUUGUGCAUAUAUUUAUAGUAAUUAGAUUCACUUAAACUGCCUUUCAGGAAAGCACUUUUGUCUCCCAAGCAACCAUCUUGGAUUCUGCAAGGUAAUCAGAAGUUGGGUGUCUGCAGUGGACUAAAUUUACUGUUGGGUAGGAAGACUGGUCCCAUUCCUGGCACAGCUGGUCCGUGUUUUGGCUGUCCUUUCUACCAUGCUCUUAGUUACAUGGGAACACAUAAUCAGGUUGUGUGUUUCAUGCUAAAAUUGACUUUCCUCUUGAUAUGUCUUUACUUCCUCUUUUUUGGACAUCUUAAGCAAUGUCUAUGUUAGUGAAGAGUAAGGCUGGCUGAAACCUGUUAAAAACUUAACCACACCCACUGAGUCAUGCCAUAGGAAUUUGCCUAGGAGGCUAAUCUCAAAAGAUGUUUUGGGCUUUCUGGUAACAAAGGAAGCAGCUGUCCUCCACCCAGUAAAUAGGGGAGCAAAGAGAGGGAGUAUGACUUAAAAUAACCAGUAGUGAUGUAUACUUUUUUCCUUUGAUGCAUCAGAAUCUUUUGAAACAUCCUUUUCUCUAAAAGUCUCCUGUAAGAAGGUGAAUUAGUUUCAUAAGUCUCCAGUAAGUGAAGUUAUAAAAUACCACAUUCUUCCUUGUCAGGCUUUUGAUGAAAGCAAGUGGCAUAAUUUUUUUAUUUUUAAUGUAUAAACCAAAGAAGGCCUUUUUCUCUGACCCUAACAGAAAAAGAGGCAUAGCAGAACUGAAGAAAACUUGCCAAUGGCUUCCAUCAUCACCGUGAUAUUAAAUACCUUAUGGCAUUUUUAGCCCUGCACUGUCUGGUGUUGAAAAAGCCAAUCUGUGGUGACUAAGACAUGGUGUUCUGCUUAGCUGCUUAUCAAAGUAGCUGUACUUAUAAGCAAAUUUCAUCUGGGUGUACUUGUAGCAGUUGUACUGUACCUUAAUCCUCCUCUUCCUUUGGGAUUAAUGUUUAAAAUUCUGAUAGAACCAAAGAUUGCUGCUGUAGGAACUACUAUAGACAUUUAAACAUAGUAACUUAAGUUAAAGUUUCUGUCAAAUCCUACAUGAUUAUUAAUUACCUGAAUUUUGUGUUGGCAUCAGAAGAGCUUCUGAGGGGUUCUGCUCUGCUCACUUUCCUACAAUACACCUUACAGUUCUUACGGCUUUUUGCUUGCCUUCUGUUUCUUGAUCUUGGACUUUGGGUAUGUUCUUGUUUAUAGGUGCUGCAUGCAGUGAAGGUGUGGGUGACAUUUUGAUUCUACUGAUUAGGCAGAGUGGAUGAGUUAUGAUGCAAAGGGAAUAACCUCACAGAGAUGUAAAAUAAUGAUCAUCACAGCCUAUUGUCAAACUUCAGAUAUCUAGUCUUCAAUGUACAUGAAAUGUAAAAAUAGCAUAAUAAUAGUAAAAAAUUUUUAAAUACCAGUAAAUACUUGCUUCCAAUAAAAAAUUCGUGUGGAAGAUAAAAAUCAAAGUAUUAAGUGUGGGAAGUGCAGUUCUGUAUUAGUGUUUUAAAAGUCUGAUCAAAGCCUAAGCUACAAGUAAUAAAGGAUGGAAAUAAGUGUUAAACAGGGCAAUUUCAACUUUGUCCUUCUGCGGCAGCAUUUUUAGGUAUGGGAAGGUAGAGUUUGUUUAACCAGCUUGCUAACAAACAGCCUGAGCCAUUGCUAGAGAACUAGAAUGCUUUGAAUUUGUCUGUGUUGUGAAGUCUGUAGGGAUGCUUAUAAUUUAGGGUCUUACUGUGCUAAGAGCUUACUGAUUUCAUGUUUCUUUCUGAAACGUGCCUAACGUGCCUUUUCACUUUACUAGUGAAAAAUAACUUUUUAUGCAUGUAACUUGCAAGAUCUGUUUUAAGUCUAGUAUUUGGGGGAAAAAAAUUAUAUCUGGAUUUAGAAAAUUCAACUGUAUAAAGGAUGAAAAAUUUAUUUCAUUCAGAAUAUCAGAAUAUCCUUAUUGUUGGAAGUAGGUGUGUACAACUUGAUAAGAGGCUCUCUUUUUUGAUAGUCCAGUUUCAGUUGCAACGAUGAUUUAUGAUGAAAAGAAUAUGAAUCUUCCUAGCUGCAAACUCUUGCACUGGUAUCCUUGCUGUUGUUCUCUACAGAAAGAAAUCCAAGAUGAAUAUGCUGCUAGACUGACUUAGCAUGAGGCCAGCUACUCCCAUGGUGCAUAUCAGUUGUAAGCUUGGACAAAUACAGAAAUCUCUUAGUAAAGAAGACAAACUGGAACACAGAGAACACAAACAAUGAGUAGGAGGAAAAUUGUUUGUUGAGUCAAACCGAAAUUUUUCUGGCAAAAGUUAAACACACAGGAAGAAAAAAAUGGGCUUCACUUGAGUCAGUCCAGAAUUUUAAGUGAAAUAUCAUUAAUGCAGUUUUUGAAGAGAGGAAGCUUGUAUAUUCUUGUUUGUUCCUUAAAAUGAUUUUUUUCAGACCACAAGCCAGUGGUUUUAGACAAAUUCGUUAAAGCACUGAAAUUAGGUUUUAGUGUUUAGAAAAUAAACAUGUUUAUUUUUUUUCAUGUAACCUUACUGACUUCAGCAUCUCUGUACCAAUAGUUUUCGGUCCUGCUAAAUAAUUGGUUUUGGUAAACAUCAACUGGAGAAACACCCCAAUUCUAACAAGGGACAUUUGCAUUUCUGCUAAAGAGAAAUACAAGUUUAAAACAUUAAUGUAUUUAGGUUUAAAUUAACAUGAUUAUUUGUCUUCUGAAGCACUUCUGAAGUGCCAGGGCAAACUGAAAUGCUCUUCUACAUUCUUACUGCCUUUUAGUUUGUUUAUGACCACAGAAGUCACACAGCCUGCCUCCCCUUAACAGUGUACACAAUGUGUUCUUGUGUGGGCUGUCAUCAAGAGACAUACAUCUUCUUUUGUGUGACUUGUUCUCUGAAAGAAAGCCUUCGUUUCUCUUCCAUCUUUUCUUUUUGCCUGCUUAUAUGUCUUUUUUGGCAUAGCACGUCUACUUUCGGCUUCUAAACUGAGCUGUUUCACAGGUUAACAUUUCUUGGCUUUAGCACCCACUUGGAGAAGUGAAGAUAUUUGGCUGAUGGCCUGUGUUCCCGCUAGUGCCUGGCAGAUUUGGUAAGUGCCCCCUCUGUCUUUUACCUGCUUCAGAACCACGUGUUCCCUGGCGAUUCAAUAAUUAACUCCUUGUUUGCCCAUGAAGCCUGUUCACCCUGCACUAAACCAAGUGUGGGGCCUUGAUUGGUGCAUUUGAAUGAGAGAGAGAUCUCUCUUAGGACAUUAUUAGCAAGCAAUUCCACAAUAAUUGUACAACUUUUUCUUCUCUGUACUAGCUCCCUGUCUGUCACCAGUUGUGAAAGCUGAUGGCAGGCAUCAGGAUAUGAUGCCUUCCUGCUGGCGCUUAGGGUAUCUUUUUUGAUGAAGUAGAAACAAGUUUGUUGUGGAUCCUAAUUUGUUAUUUGCAGCAAGUUACAUAUCACCACUUUACAUCUCUUUUUAAAGAUCUGUUCAUGAUUGCUCAGAAUCAGCCUAGGCUAUUUCACCUAGCCUAGGUGGAAAACUGGCACUGCCAGUUAAUUUUACUGGUCAGCUUUUAGAGCAGGACUGCAAGUAUACCCUUAGUGUGUUUUCACAUGUAGCAUAACAAGAAAUCAGGACCAUAAUUACUGGGUGUCAGAAUAGACAAUAGUCUUGCCCUGUUGGAAGAUGCAGACCUGCUCUUAGUGUUAAAAGAUAUUUCCUAGGCUUCUCUUUCCAUGCCCAGUUUUCAUUUGGCAUUUCAGAAUCAGUACAUCCCAAAGGUACUGCUUUAUUUAGGGAAUACUCUUGUUCAUUGUGCUGCAGAGAUUGUCUUGCCAGCCUGCACUGGACCCACAUUCUGCCAUGCAUGGCUUUUGACCACAUGAUUUUUUUAUGUGGUUGACUUGUAAUUUACACUUGAACAUGUCAGUAAGCAGUGAGGAUAAAAUACGAAGUUUGCAGCAUGUGCCGUGUUGUGAAGUAGAAAAAAAGAUCACAGCUAAAUGUAUGAAUAACCAAUAAACUUGCAUUGUCUUGGAAGAUUCCAGCCUGAAAGAAUAUAUUCUGUUGUCACUUCUCAUGGACUAAUAGUAAUAACUUGCAGGCAACCAAGACUAAUUUUAAAAAAAAUGUAUGUAUUAGACUUUUACAACAUCAGACAAGAUAUAAUUACAAAUAUUAGAAAUUAAUGAUCAGGUGGAAGGGAACAACAUCUUUGGAUUAUUAAUAAUGAUUUUCAGAACACUGAAACUUCAUAAAGCCUAGAGGAUGUGAUGUGAUGGAAUAGCUUAAAUAAAAGAAAAAAGAAAAAAACCUAAGGCUGAUGCAGAUGAUUUCAGGCAAGUCAAUUUUACAUUGAUACUUAAAAUGUGAGAAGAGGAGAAAAUAAGCAAGCAGCCAAUAUUGGAUUGCUUGUUCUUAAAGGAUUAAAGAAGAGUAACAAAUGGUAGUCAAUGUAGCUUAAUGGAAAGUAUCUCUAGUUCAAUUUGAUACUGAUCUUUAAAACUAUCAAUAUGAUCAGCCACACUUAUGAAAGAAAUUCUUACCUUUAGAGUAAUGCUGCAUAAUUCGUUGACUAAGAAAUUUCAAAAAUACAGCUCCCAAAUUCCUCAAAAUGGAUAAAAGGGAAGUAACCAAUUGGCGUCAGCUUUGAUGAUUCCCAGCUCACAGACACAAAGCAGAGGGUGUUAAUCACAUAAUCUAGGUAUUAAUUUUUAGCCUGCAAUAUUUUAGCUUUUUAUUAAAAGGAAAAAUUCUUAGAAGCCUACUUAUAAUGAAUAUUUCUAAUGCAAACAGUUCAUUAAACAAAAUCACAGGAAGAUUUGUUUAAGGAAGUAUACCAUGAUGUUGGUAGUCGUGUGCUGUCUAAGUGAGCACGAUUGUUCUCAGGUUUAUGCACCAAAUGAUCCUGAUGUUUGGUAGUGAGCAUUUAGCUGUUGGUCUUCAAUUUUUUUUUUUUUUUCCAUCUCCCCUAGUUCUUUCAAGUCCUUAUGGUACCAUGUAGUUUGGAUAGAAUUAACCAAGCUGCCAGUUAGGCCAUUCUGCUGUUAAAAAAUAUAUCAAACCUAGAAUUGAUCAGGUUUUCUUUUGAAGUAGUCCAAAAUGAAAUGUUGUCCUUUUUGUCUAGUUCUGGACUGGAGUUGUUUUGAUUUGGGGUGUCAGUAAUUUUUUCAUUAAAAUAUUUGGGAAACAUUAUUGAAAAUAUUGUUUUCAUUUUUUCUUGCGUUGGCCACAACAAAAAUAGAUAGGAUUUCUUCUUUUUCUAGUAAUUGAGUGUGUGGGAAACAUGAUCAACAAUUUACUUGUUGUUUUGACCAGCUUCUUAGUACUGGCAAAAGCGGGGAAACAUUUUUGGUAAUACAGUUGACAUUGGUAAUUAUCUUAUCAAAAGGUAUUUUCCUAAUCAUUUCUUGUUAGAUAAAUGUCAACUGAUCCUAGUCAAGACUAGGUUAGAAGUCUCCUGUUUGACCUGGUAGCUGCCACUGAGAAGCCCAUUGGUUACCUAUUACCUGAGGUAUUUGGGAGUGUAGUGGGAAUCAAGCUGAAGCUGGCAACAUUUGGAAGGGCGGCUGCCUUACUGUUCUGAGCAUGCAGUGCAUGGUGAUCUGAACGAGAUUUUAGCUCUGCACCCAAUUCUACUCCCUGUACCUAAUCCUUCAGUAUUUUGCUUUUAACCUGGGAAUGAUUUCUUAGGGGUGUAGCAUCAACCUGGGAAAUUUCCAUCAGUGCCAGCCAUGUGCUGGGUUUCUGUUUUCUGGGAAGAUAGAAAAUAUGCCCCCCUUCUUCGUAACCACAUAAGUCAAACAUCCUGUAAUUGAAGUAAUCUAAAUAAUCUUCUGCCUCUGAUAUCCUGCUGCCUCAGUACACAAUGACCCAACCACCUAAUGGGGCUGAAGCUGCUUCUUCUUGGUGCAUGGUGGUGUGGAGGAGGGGAAGGAAGAUCGUUUAAACAGUUUUUUAUCUCUAUUGGAUCCCUGUCAGUAAGGGGAGGCAGAGGUGAAGAGCAAUGACCUGAGCAUAGCAAAUGUUGUUACCCUGUUGCAUCAUAAUUAUUUCAUUUCUCAGGGGAAGUUAGAAGCAACAACAGCAAUAAAAGCAGUGGUUUCUGCCUUGUCUUCCAGAGCAGCUUUAACAGGCAUCUCUACCAUGACUCUGCACUGCUUGCAGCUUUUUCUCUUGCUUCUGCUUGGUUCAUGGUGGCCAGACUCAGAGCAGCAUGUGGCAGGAGCUGUGAAGGUCAGAGAGCACUAUAUAGCUGCACAGAUCACCAGCUGGAGCUACAAACCACAACCUGAGGAGAAGUCCAGAUUGGAACAUUCAGAUCCUGUAUUUAAGAAAAUUUCUUACAGAGAAUAUGAAGUGGAUUUUAAAAAAGAAAAACCAGCAAAUACAUUUGCAGGACUUCUGGGACCAACCCUGCGUGCUGAAGUGGGAGAUACUUUAGUGGUUCACCUUAAAAAUAUGGCUGACAAGCCAGUCAGUAUUCAUCCUCAAGGCCUAGCUUACAGCAAAAGUGAAGAAGGCUCCCUGUAUGAUGACAGAACAUCACCUGCAGAAAAACAAGAUGAUGCUGUACUUCCAGGCCAGCUCUACACAUAUGUGUGGGAUAUACCAGAAGAAGUUGGUCCAAGAGAAGCUGACCUUCCUUGUCUUACUUAUGCUUACUAUUCUCAUGAGAACAUGGCAAUGGAUUUUAACUCUGGUCUGGUUGGAGCAUUGCUGAUCUGUAAGAAAGGAAGUCUAAAUGAGGAUGGGUCACAGAAACAUUUUGACAGGGAAUAUGUACUGAUGUUUGGUGUGUUUGAUGAGAACAAGAGUUGGCAAAAAUCAGCAUCAGUCAAGUAUACAAUUAAUGGCUAUACUGAUGGAACGUUACCAGAUUUAGAGGCUUGUGCAUAUGACAACAUUAGCUGGCACUUGAUAGGAAUGAGUUCCAAGCCAGAAAUCUUCUCCAUUCACAUCAAUGGCCAGUCCAUGGAGCAAAAACGUCACCGAGUUUCUGCUGUGAACUUGGUGGGAGGAGCCUCAACCACCAUAAACAUGACAGUGACUGAGGAAGGAAGGUGGCUCAUAUCUUCUCUUGUCCAAAAGCACCUGCAAGCUGGAAUGCACGGUUACCUCGCUGUAAGGGACUGUGGGGACAAAGAGGUGAAGAAGAGUCGUCUCUCCUAUAGAGAACGUCUUAUGGUCAAAACCUGGGACUAUUUCAUUGCUGCAGAAGAAGUUACCUGGGAUUAUGCCCCAAGAAUUCCAGACACCCUUGACAGACACUAUAAAUCGCAACACUUGGACAACUUCUCCAAUCUCAUAGGUAAAAGGUAUAAAAAGGCUAUUUUUACACAAUAUACUGAUGCCAGCUUCACUAAGCGUCUGGAAAAUCCUCGUGUCAAGGAAACUGGAAUCUUGGGCCCUAUUAUCAGAGCUCAAAUCAAUGAUAAAGUCAGAAUUGUAUUCAAAAAUAAGGCCAGUCGACCCUACAGCAUUUAUUUCCAUGGAGUGACACUUGCAAAGAAUGCAGAAGGAGCUGAUUAUCCUCUGGAUCCCACAAACAAUGGCACCCAGAGUAGAGGAGUUGAACCAGGGAAUACGUACACUUAUGAGUGGAAAAUUGCUAAAACAGACCAACCUACUGCACAGGAUGCACAGUGUAUUACAAGGCUGUAUCACAGUGCUGUAAAUACUGAGAGAGAUAUAGCCUCUGGACUGAUUGGCCCACUUCUGAUUUGUAAAAGUGAAGCACUGACGCAAAAGGGUGUGCAGAAAAAGGCAGAUGAGGAGCAGCAAGCAAUGUUUGCUGUGUUCGAUGAAAAUAAGAGCUGGUACCUAGAAGAUAACAUCAAGGAGUACUGCAGCAACCCAGCCACUGUUAAAAGGGAUGAUCCCAAGUUCUAUAACUCGAACAUAAUGCACACAAUAAAUGGCUAUGUGUCUGACAGCAGUGAAAUCCUUGGAUUUUGCCGAGAUACUGUGGUUCAGUGGCACUUUUUCAGUGUUGGCACCCAUGAUGAGAUUGUCUCUGUUCGCCUUGCUGGACACUUUUUUCUGUAUCAAGGGAAAUACGAGGAUACAUUGAGCCUUUUCCCAAUGAGCGGAGAAUCGGUCACAGUGGAAAUGGACAAUGGUGGUACUUGGCUUUUGGCAUCCUGGGGCACCCCAGAAAUGAGUUACGGCAUGAGGCUGAGAUUCAGGGAUGCAAAAUGUGACUAUGAGGAAGAUGAAGCAUUGGAUUUUGUGGCUUUGAGUCCCAUCAAGACUGAAAGAAAGGCUGUUACCACCUCAGCUGAGGAAGUUGUGCAAGAAAAUGAGGAAAACAAGGAGGAAUUGGAUUACCAGGAUUAUCUGGCUUCUUUUUACUCCAUACGAGGCUCAAGAAAGGCAGCAGGUGAUGAGGAAAAACAGAAUCUUACAGCACUGGCCUGGGAGCAGUAUGAAGGCAUUGAUGCCACGAGUUCUGAGGUGGCAGCUGGCUCAGGUCUGACAGCUAUAAAUAGUAGUGGAACAACAAACAACUCUAAGUUCUUAGAAACUCAUAUCACUCCUCUUCCCCCAGUCAAGGCUGAAACAUUCCAGUCAAAUCACACAUCAAUCACAGCAGAAGAGGAUUUAUUUUUAGCUACCACAAGUGAUGGAGAAGCUGACUUGGUAUUUGAGAAUAGAAGCCAAAGCAACUAUGAAGUAGCUCACAGUAACAUGUCUGCACGUGAACACUUACUGAGCUAUGGGGGAGGUCCAGUGAAUGUUGCAGAAGAGCUUCCAGCUGAUGGAAAGGACAGUAAACCUUCUCCAGAAAAACAUCAAGAGCAAAGCACAGGAAGAGGAAAUUAUACCACUAACAAGAAAAGGAAAAGGCGAAGCUCACUGGCCAUUAAGUUUUACUCUGUCCAAAAGAUGAAUGCCCUUCUAAAUCAUGUCCGAAAUAAAAAUGUCUCAUUUUCUGACAUGACUGAUGCACCUCAUUUUGUGCAUCAUACAGAGAACACAUACACAUCCAAUGAAGCCAUGGUGGGAACUGGCCAACUGCCAAAUGAAUAUGAUAAUGAUCUGAAAGAGGAGGGAAAGAAAAUGGAAAAUGCCAUGCACGCAGUUAACUUGACACUGGAUUUGGACCUCAUAGUAGGAGAUGGGUCUAAUGCAUCCAGCCUUUCUGAACCCAGGAUAUCUGAAGAUAAACCAGCAGAUGUUUUUUCUUCAGAAUAUAUGUUAGACAAUACAAGCCCUAAUUCCAGCCCUGCUGUAGUGAAGAACUUACUAGAAGCGUCAUUGCCUGGGGCUAGGAAAUUUUCAUCUAAAAUGACUAGUGAGGAAUGGAAUUUGGUGUCUGCAAAGAUGAAUCCGGGAUUAGAGGCAAGCUUAGAUAAAUCUGCUGGUGAUAAGUUAAAUCAUCAUGGUAGAAACUGUACAGCAUCCAUAAAUAAGGAAGAUAUGAGGAAGUAUCAGGGGUUCUCACAUCUAAUGGGGGAAAACCAGAAAGGGAGCCACAUUCACCCGACUCAGAAAGGAAAGGAGGGAAACAACAGUACCUUGACUUCAUCUGGAACCUUCAUCAAGAUCCGAAGGAGAAAGAAGGAAGAUGCAAAAAUUACCUACUUGCUGAGCCCAAGGAGUAGAAACCCCAAAAAGCCCAGCAAUUCCAUGGCAGGGUUUGGCCGCGUGCUUCCGGGUGGGACCAACCACACAGCAGCGCAGUGUUGCACAGAUGCCACCAAGGCAGCCAGUGAGGUCAGCCAGAGUGUGGAUGUGAGCAGAGCCAGGCACGGAGAGUCGCUGGGUGACACCCUCACCCCGCGGCAGUUCAGGCCAUCCAUCACAAUCGGGCUUCCUCAAGCAGACGGAGACUACGAAUAUGUGAUAGGAGAAUCCUACAGCGAUGAGAGCUCGGGUGGGGAAUACGAGUACCAUUAUGUAAGCUUUGAUGACCCCUACAUGACAGACCCCAAAGUGAACAUCAGCAGGCAGCGUAACCCUGAUGACAUUGCUGAGCACUACCUGCGCAGCAGAGGCGAUAAGAGGAGAUACUACAUCGCAGCUAAAGAGGUCUGCUGGAACUAUGCAGGAUAUAAGAAAAGUGCAAUGAGGAAUGACAAAACCUGUAAAGAAGGCAGCAGACGUAAGGUGAUUUUCCAGAGCUAUACAGACAGUACCUUUUCGAUUCUUCAGGAUGAAGAUGAAUAUACAGAACAUCUUGGCAUCCUGGGACCAGUUAUUCGGGCUGAAGUGGACGAUGUUAUCCUAGUUCAUUUUAAGAAUCUGGCAUCCAGACCAUAUUCCCUUCAUGCCCAUGGAGUCCUCUAUGAAAAGUCCUCUGAGGGAAGUGUUUAUGAUGAUGAAUCUACUGCUUGGUUUAAGGAAGAUGAAGUUCAGCCAAAUAACAGCUACAUAUAUGUAUGGUAUGCAAACCGGCGAUCGGGCCCUGUGCAGUCAGGAGCAGCUUGUCGGUCCUGGAUCUACUACUCUGAUUUAAACCUGGAGAAGGACAUUCAGUCUGGUUUGAUUGGGCCAAUACUGAUUUGUAAAAAAGGAGCUUUCAGCAAAUCAAACAGCAGCAGGACAUAUACAAGAGACUUUUUCUUGCUUUUUAUGGUCUUUGAUGAAGAGAAAAGCUGGUACUUUGACAAACAUUCUGGAAAGCCUUGUAAUGAGAAGACACAAGAAAUGCAGCAAUGCCACAAAUUCUAUGCCAUUAAUGGGAUUACCUACAAUUUGCAAGGCUUGAGGAUGUAUGAAGGUGAAACAGUCCGAUGGCACUUGCUGAAUAUGGGUGGCCCAAAAGACAUUCAUGUUGUUCAUUUUCAUGGACAGACUUUCAUAGAACAAGGAGAGCCAGAGCAUCAGCUUGGUACAUACACUCUCCUCCCAGGCGCAUUUAGAACAAUUGAAAUGAAACCACAGAGACCUGGCUGGUGGCUUUUAGACACUGAAGUGGGGGAAUACCAGCAAGCAGGAAUGCAGACAUCCUAUUUGGUUAUAGAGAAAGAGUGCAGGAUUCCAAUGGGACUGGCAAGUGGGGUUAUACUCGAUUCGCAGAUCGAUGCUUCACAUCACAUAGACUAUUGGGAACCUAAGUUAGCCCGAUUAAAUAAUUAUGGAACAUACAAUGCUUGGAGUACUACAGUGGAGGAAGAACUGCCUUGGAUCCAGGUGGACUUUCGAAGACAAGUUUUGCUCACUGGGAUACAGACACAGGGAGCCAAGCAGUUUUUUAAGUCCUUGUACAUCCAGAAGUAUUUUCUUGUUUACAGCAAAGACAAACGGGCAUGGAACACCUUCAAAGGAGACAGCUCGCCAACAGGAAAGAUUUUUGAUGGUAAUUCCAAUGCCUAUGACAUAAAAGAGAACAUCAUUGAUCCCCCUAUUAUUGCUAGGUACAUCAGACUCUACCCCACUGAGGUCUACAACAGGCCUACUCUUCGCAUGGAGCUUCUGGGCUGUGAAGUAGAUGGCUGCUCUUUGCCACUUGGAAUGGAAAGUGGAGAGAUCAAGAAUACCCAGAUAACAGCCUCAUCUACAAAGACAUCCUGGUUUAACACAUGGGAUGCUUCACUUGCUCGUCUCAAUCAGAAUGGAAAGAUGAAUGCCUGGCGAGCCAAGUUUAACAACAACCAACAGUGGCUACAAAUCGAUCUCCUCACAGUUAAGAAGAUCACUGCUAUUGCUACGCAGGGGGUCACAUCCAUGUCAGCUGAAAACUUUGUGAAAACUUAUAUUCUUCUGUACAGCAAUGAAGGCUUCGAGUGGAAAUCCUACACAGAGGGUUCAAGCUCAAUGCCAAAGGUUUUCCUGGGUAAUGCAAACAGCAAUGAGCAUGUCAAGAAUUUUUUUAACCCACCCAUUCUGUCCAGGUUCAUCCGCAUUGUUCCAAAAACAUGGUACCGUGGGAUUGCCCUUCGGGUAGAACUCUAUGGCUGUGAUUUUGGUGGGGGUCUGGCUGCAAAAAGGACUGAUGAGUCUGGGAGCUCUUAACCUGCCAGGAGUCAUCGUGCAGAACAGCCUGUUUGUUAAGAAACCCUCACGCUUAGUAGUUUGGAUGUGUGCUUCGUCAAAGGAACAUAAUAUUUUACCAGCAGGAUUGAGAGAUUUCUCUGGCAGGUGUUUCAUUCCUACAAAUACACACUUUAGAAAACAGCUUAUUUUCUCUGGGAAAAUCUCUUUUCAGCUUCUUUUCUCUGGAAGAAAUAGUAGUCCCUUCUGAUUAGCAUUAUCACUUCUUCAUUAUAACCAGUACUCUGUCUUACUUUUUACUUAAUUUUAAGUCCUAAAUCCCUAGGAAUGGAGACUCUGGCCUUGAUCCUGAGCCCUGACUAUCUCCAUUUUGAAAUGCUUUUGUAGCACAGAUGAGGAAUAGAAAGCUUAUAGCAGGUGGAUGUUCUCCAUACAUAAGGCUGAGAGGGAAAACCAGUGCUGAUCUGGAGAUAUGGUGCUGCAUUCCAGCAGUGCUUUGGUGAGAAAUGAUUGUAGGGGUGGCCUCUCCUCCACGUGUCUUUCACCUACGCUGUGGCAAAGACAGGACAUGUCUCAGCAUUAAGGUAUGUGCAGCCCCUUCUCAGAGAAUGUAUGCUGGCAUUGUUGGUUUGGUUCUUGCAUACCCAGCACACCUGAAUGGUGUGGAUUUCACAGAAUUCAUCUUCAGUGCCCUGGAAAGAGAAAACGGGGUCAGCAGUGCCUUUCCAUCCCAGAAACAAGAAGGGAAGUGAUUUAACCUGGCAGGUGAUUCAACAGCAAUGGGAGAACCAAAAUGAGAAUUCAGAAUUCCUGAUGCUCAGUCCCAUGUACACUUUUAGACUGUUGGGACAGGGAGCUCCCUUGAUGAGGAAGGCUUUGAGAACUGCAGCUGUUCAGUGACAAUACAGCCUGGGGGUGGCAGAGGAGGAUUAGAUGAAACUGGGUUACAGAAACAGCUGCAUCUUCUCUUACAAUUUAACAGCAAUUUUCACUAAUGGAAAUACUCUUGUGCUUAGGUUUUACAUGGAUAUUUCCCAGGAUAACUACAUCUGAAAAUAGAUACACAGUCCAUAAACUCAUUAUUCCAGCAGAAUUUUAACUAAGCUUUCAGUAGUGUUCUGGACUUCUAUCCUGUAAAUUCUUUAUUUACAGCACUUCACUUAUCACACUAGGUACCAUUCAGCAGGCUGGAUUUUUAAUGUAAUUUGUCUUUGAACCUUGAAUGGUGUUAGCCAGUUUCAUUUCAGUAGUUUUUCAUUUCUUCCUCUUACAGAGCAUGCAUUUUAAAGAGAAGAUAUAGAACAGGAAUGAAAAAAGUGUAAAAAACUAAACAAAUAUUCUAUUUUUUUCUUUUUUUUUACUAUGUCACAAACUGUUGUAAUUUUCCACUGGAAAAUAAAGCUAAUAUUGUUGCAUGAAAGGCAUCAAAAUUUUGUUUUGCAUAUUUGCCUCUACAGUAGUAACUCUGGUAAUAGUGAAAGUUUGCAACAGGAAAGUAAAAUUUUCAGUGCCAAUUAGAAUUAACUUCAAAUGGUGAAACAGUGUAAUUCCUUCAUCUUUAAAGGUUGGUUUCUUAGUAUUUUGUAAUUAUGCUUAAUUUAUUUUUGUUUGACACCACCAUGAAAUUGCAACACAAGCCAUAUUCACUAAAAAAAAAGAAA